AUGCUAUUAACUACUGUUGUUCCAAUCAUUCCCGAUUAUCUUUAUCAACUUGAACAUGAAACCGAUCCUAUCUAUCAAGUUUUAGCAAAAAAUUGUUCAAAUUUUGCACCUGUUCGACGUUCUGACUAUUUUCAGCGACAUCCCACGGCAUUACAUCAAUAUUUAGUUGAUAUAAAUUGUACGGAUCUUGAUAAUUGGGCAAUGAAUGUAAUUCAAAUAGAACAUGGUAACAAAAAAAUAGUUCUAGUUAAGGAGAAUUCACGUGUUGGUAUUAUGUUUGCUUCCAAAGCAUUUGUACAAUUAAUCAUAAAUCCAUUUAUUGGACCGUUGACAAAUAGGGUCGGCUACAGUAUACCAAUGUUUUCCGGUUUUGUGAUCAUGUUCUUAUCAACAAUAACAUUUGCAUUUGGGAAAAGUUAUACGGUGUUAUUUAUUGCUCGUGCAGUUCAAGGAAUAGGUUCAGCAUGUUCAAGUGUCUCAGGUCUUGGUAUGUUGGCUGAUAGAUAUCCGGAUGAUGAAGAACGAGGCCGAGCAAUGGGAAUUGCUCUAGGCGGUCUGGCACUUGGGGUUUUAGUGGGUCCACCGUUUGGCGGAUUUAUGUAUGGAUUUGUUGGAAAGGCAUCACCAUUUCUUAUAUUAGCAGCACUUGGACUAUUUGACGGAUUAUUACAAUUAACUGUUUUGAAGCCUGGUGUAUCAACAGAAACUGCGGAAGGUGCAUCAUUAAAAACACUUAUACAAGAUCCUUAUAUUCUCGUGGCUGCAGGUGCCAUUACAUUUGGCAAUAUGGGAAUAGCAAUGAUGGAACCAUCAUUACCCAUUUGGAUGAUGGUCAAAAUGAACUCGUCUGAAUUCCAACAGGGACUUGCAUUCCUACCGGCUAGUAUUGCUUAUUUGAUUGGAACAAAUAUUUUUGGUCCAAUGGCACACAGAAUUGGAAGAUGGUUAUGUUGUAUGAUUGGUUUGAUUAUUAUUGCCAUAUCUUUAUUAUGCGUUCCACUAGCAACGUCAAUAUGGGGUUUACUUUUGCCAAAUGCUGGUUUAGGUUUUGCUAUUGGAAUGGUGGAUAGCUCAAUGAUGCCACAAAUGGGUCAUCUUGUCGAUAUUCGUCAUUCAUCCGUGUACGGAAGUGUUUAUGCUAUUGCUGAUGUGGCAUUUUGUCCGGGUUUGAGUGGCUUUAUCGUUCGAACACUUGGAUUUCAGUGGAUGUUAUACACCAUUUCUCUUAUUUGUUUACUCUAUGCUCCAUUAAUGCUGUUCCUACGAAAUCCGCCUGGCAAAGAUGAAAAAGUGGUUUGUAAUUCAUACGUUUAA